UUACCCGGAAGUGUUGCAGAAGGCAGCGGCUAGUUGCAGCUAGCACUAGCUUUGUAUUUGGCUGAGACCACAACAACAUUGUCUACCGUAUUAACGCGACUUUAAAGAGCAUUAAACAGAAGUAAAACAUCAAUGCUAACAUAAAACCAAAUAACCACAGAUAGUAGCGACGAAGCGAUAUAAACUCCCGUAGUUUACACAAGUUAGAACGACGCUAGCUACCAGAUUCAUACCCGAAGGUAAGAAAUCUGCAGCCAUGACUCUCGUAGUCGAUCGUGAACCGAGGACGUCUGCGGGAAACCGCAUGUCUAAGUUACUGGACGCAGAAGAAGAGGACGAGUUCUACAAGACCACGUAUGGAGGCUUUAACGACGAAUCAGGAGAUGAUGAGUACCAUGGAGAACAUUCAGACACGGAGGACGAGGUGGACAGUGACUUUGACAUCGAUGAAGGAGACGAGCCAGACAGCGACCAGGAGGACGACGCGCCGAAGCGGAAAAGCCGAGUUGUCACUAAAGCUUAUAAGGAACCUAUAAAGGUUGCGAAACCCAAACCCAAAAGACCUUCUGAGGAACUGAAGAAGACUGAGAAAACUAAAGUGGAGCUGAAAAGGAGGAUUCCACCAGAAUUCCAAGAUUUUAGUGAACCUCGGAAGUCUGUGCGACAGUCCACCAGUGAACACACCAGGAAGACCAACCUGCGCUUGCAAGAGCGUCAGGACGCCCCCCGGAGGAGGAGAGGUGCUCAUCGGGACCGGCCCCUCACCCAGGAGGAGCUGCUGGCUGGGGCCAAGAUCACAGCUGAGCUCAACAUUCGAUCUCUAGAGAAUUAUGAGCGUCUGGAGGCCGACAAGAAGAAACAAGUCCACAAGAAGCGGCGUUUCGAGGGACCGACCAUCCGCUACCAUUCCGUCCUGAUGCCCCUCGUCUCUAACUCCGUCCUGAAGGAGGAGAAUGUGGAUGUUGAAGGGUUGGAUCAAGAUGUUCCUCAGGCUGCUCCACAAAACCCCACCACAGCGGCCCAGCAGGCUGCCGGAGGCCUGUGCUCCCGGACCUACAUCACCUUCAGUGACGACGAGGCGUUCGAGGCGGCCUUCCUCCGCAGCGCGCAGUCCAGCCGUCCGCUCCCCGUCCAGGAGGUUUGUCCUGUCACCCACAAGGCUGCGCUGUACCGAGACCCGGUCACCGAUAUACCCUACGCUAACACACGGGCUUUCCGCAUCAUCCGGGAAGCGUACCGCAAAUACGUGGCCGCUCAUGGAUUCCCAAACACUUCGGGAGGGCUGACGGGACUUGACUCCUCCGCGUCGAAGGGCGCUCGUCAGAAAGUGGUGGUCAAGCAGAGUGGGGUUGGAACAUAGGUUGGACUUUUGAGGAGUUAAAGAAAUGUGUUCAGGUACAGUCACUGGAACGUGUGACAUGAGGGAAACAUCAUUAGCAUUUGACAUUUUUGGACCGAGGAGACACUGCGAUGGUUACGUUACAGUUGCUGGAAUAAUAAAUGGUGAUAUCUUGGAGAUGUUUUCCUUGCAGUAC